UUACUUCCAUGAGUUUUCAUUUUUAUUUUUCCUGGUUGUUGGGUAUCCUUGUCUAGGUGUAUUGACUUAAAAAAUACAAACAAUUGAGAUCCCCAAAUAGAUGAUGAUGAACUAAAAAAAAGGAAAGAGUAACCAAUUAUGUGUAAAUGUACUGGUUCAAGAGGUUAGUCUCUCUUUUUUCCCUAAUAAAUUGUUGGAAAAGUAGACCAAGGGGAUGCUUCUUACACAAGUUGCAAAUAUAAUAAUUAUUAUAAUUAAGGAUAAAGAAGUAUCUUAGGAGUAAUUAAGGAAUUGCUGUUGUGCUUUAGAUAUGCGCAUAUAUAAAUAAAAGAAAUGAAAUCACAGAGAGGCGUGGGAAAAGCAGUGUCUAUUGUCUCCACCAUCUUCAAGUUCAACCCAAUAAUGGCUUCCCUGUUGCCAUUGCUGUUUGUGUUUGCGAUUCAACCAUGGCAGGUGAGGUCGGAGCAGUACAACAACAUAUUCAUACUUGCGGGACAGAGCAACAUGGCAGGACGAGGUGGAGUCAGUGAAACAACGGCAACAUGGGACGGUGUGGUUCCGCCGGAGAGCCAACCGAAGGCGUCGAUUUUGCGGCUGAACGCGAAGCUGGAAUGGGUGGAAGCGGAAGAGCCACUCCACGCGGACAUCGAUGUGACGAAGACGAAUGGAGUUGGACCGGGGAUGGCGUUCGCGAACACGAUCUUGGAGAAGCGACCGGGUUUCGGUGUGGUGGGUUUGGUGCCAUGUGCAAUCGGAGGCACAAACAUAAGCGAGUGGGAACGCGGGAAAGUGCACUACACGCGCAUGAUGAAGAGGGUUAAGGCUUCGUUGCAAGGUGGUGGUGGCCUUCAAGCUCUGCUUUGGUAUCAAGGUGAGUCUGAUACUUUGCUUCUCAGUGAUGCGCAAUCUUAUCGAACAAGACUUGGCAAGUUUUUCUUGGAUCUUCGUGCUGAUCUUAACUCUCCAUUGCUUCCUAUAGUUCAGGUAGCUUUGGCAUCUGGAGAAGGCCCUUACAUAGAGACAGUAAGAGAAGCUCAGCUUGAUAUGGACCUCCUCAACUUGAGAACUGUCGACGCAAAGGGCUUGCCCCUUGGGCCUGAUGGGCUUCACCUUACCACCCAGGCCCAAGUUCAUCUUGGGCAGGUAAUGGCUGAUGCAUUUCUUCAAUUCGUACCCACUUCACUUCCAAAAAACAAUGUUCUUCCCAUACAUAAUGGAGCUCCUCCUACAAGACCUCACAAUGGUGCCUCCCAAAUUUAUAUGAUCCCAAUAUCGAUAACAUUUCUUACCAUAGUAUCAUUAACUUUGUUAUAGCAAGCAUUCAUUCACUUUUCAGCACUAUAUAUUUCAUCACACGGCCUAAGCACAGUGAGAUGAGCGAAGUUGAUAAGAAAAUUGUAGCUCUGUACGAAUAUUUUAAGUGGAUUAGUGAACUAACUAUUAAAACCAACCCAACUUGGUUGAUAAAAUUACAUUUUUUUUUUUUUUGGUAAGUAAUAAAACUACAUUUUAAUUUGAAGACUUCUUAUUAGUGGAAUUUUUUGUCCAUAAUUAGUGGAUUUUCAUGGAAUACAAAAUCUAGGAUCAA